CCAGCCAGAACUUUGCUUCAUCGCGUCGGUUCAAAAGGCACUGAAGCCCUUGUCUAAUGGUUCUCAUGAAGUCUUGUAGUCUCGGGCGGUGGUGGGUGAAUGAAUUACUAGAAGAAGGCAGCAGGUACUGGGGUUAUGAGUGAUGGCGAAAGAAGGCUGGCUGGAGCUGGAAAGCGACCCAGGAGUCUUCACGCUGCUGGUGAAAGCUCUCGGUGUGGAAGGUGUCCAGGUGGAGGAGAUCUACGAUCUGGGCACGGAGUUGCAGGAACAUGUGUACGGCUUCAUCUUCCUGUUUGCCUGGAGCGAUGACCGCAGGGCGCGGCGGCGAUACAGUGCCAUCCCGGACGAAAUGCUGAUCCGUGACCCGGAGCGGCUGCGGCGAAUGUUCUUUGCGCGGCAGAUUAUCACCAAUUCCUGUGCAACUCAUGCAUUGCUGAGUGUCAUGCUCAACACCAAGAGUCCCACGGUGGCUCUAGGACCAACCUUGACAACCUUCAAGGAUGACACCCGAGACUUGGAUGCCGAGCUGAAAGGCUUCUCGAUUGGCAACGUUCCUCAGUUGUCUGAAGCUCAUAACAAGCACUCAAGGCCCGAGCCAAUCAGUACAACGCGGGCCGAGAAUAACGGUGCAUUUCGAAGCCGGUCAGAGGCUGAGCAGUACCAUUACAUUAGCUUUGUGCCGAUUGAGGGCCGGCUUGUGGAGCUGGAUGGCCUGAAAGCUAACCCCAUUGAUCAUGGACCUAUCCCUGCGGGUCAGAACUGGACGACAAAGUUCUUUUCCGUGUUGAGGGCGCGGUUAGCAACCAAUAAGGGUGAGGGGAGUCAGGACAUUCGUUAUAACCUCCUUGCGGUGGUGGAUGACCGCAUUGAUAUGUGCAAUCGCAAGCUACACAAACUGGAAGCUGAGAAGGAGGCACUGCUGGCCAUUGUGGAACAGACAUUCUGUUCGCUGGUUGCUAGCCCUGUUGCCACUCCGCUGGAGUCCCCGUCAUCGCCAGUACACCAGCACAUCGACAUAGCAUCCACCGUCACCAGCAGCGAGGAGGUGCGCUCACAGGCGGUGGCGCCAGGCUCUCCCGACAUGCGCCCCUUGUCGCCGGCCACGGAAGGCCUCGUUCCCGAGCCCAUGCAGCCUCUGCAUGAGACGCACGACCAGCCCGUCUGCGGCUCCACGGCGUCUAGCUUCGCCCCCGCGUCCGAUAUCUCUCUGGAAACGCAAAGUAUCGCGGCUACAGCCCUUAGCCUGCACACCGGACGGCCGUUGCCGCGCGCACUAGCAACCAGGUCUAACUUACAAGCAUCAUCGUCAACGUUAUCAGGAUCGUCGUUGUCACUAGCGUCGACCGUCAGCGCUGCUUCAACUAGCGUGAGUAACAACCCUGCACCACCGUGGCCUGGGUCGUCUGCUGCUGCAGAGACUGGCGUGGCGGAUUCACACGGCAAGCUACUAUCGCCCAACAUGCCCGGAUACAACCUUUCUCCGCCGCUCGCGCCCACCACCACCGCCGCCGCUACCACUUCCGGCGUUGACCCGGUCAAGGUGAGCGCCGCGCUCUAUUCGUCGUUAAGCUGCGCCCAAGCAGCCACACACGUCGCUGCCUCCACUAGUGCAGCUCUGGAGGCUGCCCGAGCUCCGAGCGGCGAGCCAGUGUUGAGCACCGCGCCGGCGGCGUCUACGACGGUGUCACUGCCUGACGCUCCGGCACUUCUGCAGCUUGCCGAGCUAGCCCCGUCGCCGAUGCACGGCAGCCCGGUGCGUGCCGGCUCUGCUCUCGACUGCAUCGUCGCCACGGCAGCAGCGACGACGGUCGCGGGCUGCAGUGACGUGCCGAUGGAGGAGUCCGACACGGGCGGCCUGCACCACCGCAUGGGUAUAGCUACGCUGGAUUCAGAAGGCGGUGGUGCGGCGUCGGAUAGCGCACCCCUGCCCAACCUGCCCUACGGUAGCGUGCACACGCCUAGAGUCAGCGUCACGCGCUCAUCCACUCCGGAAGUGCUCGCCUCCUCGCUGUCGCACGCAAUGCUGCAGGAAAUGGCAGCCAGAGGCGGUGGCGAUGCUGCUGCUGCCGGUAGCGACGAGGAGAUGGAUAUAGACAAGGAGAACGCCGGCGUCGGUGGUGGCGGCAGGGACAUUCUGACGUCCAGUUGUGCCGCGCUGGCCACCUCUCUGUCUGCGUACAGCGGUGGCGAAACUGCGGCAUUAUCAACGCCCUUUCCUGCCAGUGGUACUGCUACUCCGGGCGGCGGUUUGCACUUUGACGACGCACGGCAUGCUGCGGAUGUCACGCGUGCUGCGCAUGUCCUCGUGUCUGUGCUGCGUCGUGGAGGACCAGAAUCGACGGAGCAGUUGCCGCAGGGGGCGGCAAUGCUGGAGCAUGCCGUGGCGCCGCUGCGUCGCGACGAUCCCGACACUACCAUGCGUGUCACUGAUAUAUUCAAGAAGGUGGGAGAAAUGGACACGGAAAUAUCUGCCUGCCGAAAACUGCUGUCUGAUGAAGAGGACAAGCGUCAGCAAUAUCGAAUCGAUCACAGUCGCCGCACCCACAACUACGGCCCGUUCAUCUCCACAUUCCUCGUCAUGCUAGCCAAGGAAGGCUUGCUGAAGCAGAUCAUUGAAACCGAACACCCUGCGCGCGCACAACCGAAACAGCGCACAGCCAGUGUCACAACUCCAGCUGCCGGUGGCUCUGCCCAGACGACCAGCAAACGGGGUCGGAAGAAGGCGCCACCAAAGGAGACAGCAGCAGCAUCAUCAUCAGCUACACCCGCAACACCUGCAGCACCGGCCAGGCGAGGACGACCAGGCCGCCCACCCGGCUCUAAGACAAAGAAGAAAAAAGGCGUUACGGUGGCGGCGGCAUCGUCGUCAUCACUGCUGUCGAUGGAUUACAAUGACGAUGAUGGUGCGCUUGGCUGAACGAUGAUGCAGUGUGUGUGUAGUGUUGAGUUAGCAGUCUACGCUGUCCCAUUGGGUACUUUGAUAACCCUCCCUCUCCCCUGCCCUCCUCUGUACCUUCGGGCACUGCUGGACCUGCACUAUCGUGUGUAGUGCUGUGUGUUGAGAUAGCAGCAGUCUACACUGUCCCACUGGGUGCUUUGACCGACCCCCCACCCCACACCACCCUCCCGUGCACAUUCAGGCGCUGCUGGACUAGCGCUUAAUAGCCGUGCGUGCUGGUUCACAGCUCGGCUCACUUUGUCUCGUUCUGGUCCCGUGCAUCGUGUGGCUUGUCAGCCACUGCCCACCGCCACCGCAUUGGUGCGUCUCCUGUCCCGGAUCCCACACACAUGAUGGCGAUGAAUAGCGUACAUGCGGCGGCGCAGUGCACUGUUCCUAGGACCUCUUGUUUAUUGUUGAUGAUGUAUACCGCCGGUAGAACAUAUGCCGGCGGCGUGCUGUACAGCCACUGAACUAUGGAGCACACCGAAACGCCGUCUGAGCAGUUGUGUGCGCAAAUACAUGCUGUUGCUUCUCACUCUAUUCUCUGCUGCAACCAUUGCACGCAGCGGUUGGCAACUCGACAUUAGAACGUAGAGCAGGUACAUGUAUGUAUAUGCAUGCAGCAGACUGUGUAACUUCAGGCGUACGCGUGAGAGUACUUGGACGUGUAGGCCCUAUUGUCGCGCCAUCUUGUCCGGCUUCACACCCAUGCCCGUUCUUGACGCGUGACCUAGCGUUUAUUGAUGGCGCAGCCGUUAACCGCAGCUUGCUGCCUGUUCUCCAGGUCGCCGUGCAGUUGCUUUCAACCGACAGUCUGCCGCCUUGACUAUUAUAUUAAAUUUUGUAACUUCUGUACACGCAACGCAUGGCUCCGAUGAGCCACCUCAUGCUGGGCUCGAGCGGCAUGUCGUCGCAAGAUUGCAUUGUAGCUGUUCGCCGGAAUGAAGAAUUCUACUGUCACUCCUCGUAGGCCAGGUUCCAAGUGCUGUUGUGCAGAAAUCUAGUACGUUCUUAGCUCGUCGUUCAGCGUGAUAUGAGUAGGGGAGUGACCUGCAUAUGGUCACCGAUGUAGAGCCAGUUAGAUAACCACCGUUGCUACUGGUGCCACUCAAACCCUGUUUAUAUAUUUUUUGAUGCUCUGCGCGGUCCAUGCGUCGGUUGUGUUUGGCUCAUUUGCUGCUGCUAUUCCACACUUUGCCGACUAAGAGAGUGUAUUAUGAUGUAGAACACAGCACAUCAUCGAUCAUGUUGCAUUCAGCGCUCUGUGUUGAUAUCUCUCUGUUCACUCAUCCAAACAAUCUUUCUCGUUUUCUUACUCUUUGUGCACACACAACUCCCCCCGCAUGCACACACCCUCAUCUUUCUAAUGCUCUAUCUACUAGUACAUGCCAUCGGUCUCUCUCUAUCUCUCUCUCUCUCUCUCUCUCUCUCUCUCUCUCUCUCUCUCUCUCUCUCUCUCUCUCUCUCUCUCUCUCUCUCUCUCUCUCUCUCUCUCUCUCUCCUAUCUCUUUCUCUCUCCCUAUCUCUCUCUCUCUCUUUCUUUCACUCUCUCUCUCUCUCUCCCUAUCUAUCUCUUCUCUCUUCUCCCUAUCUCUUUCUCUCUCUCUCUCUCUCUCUCUCUCUCUCUCUCUCUCUCUCUCUCUCUCUCUCUCUCUCUCUCUAUCUCUCUCUCUAUCUCUCUCUUUAUCUCUCUCUGUCUCUCUCCCUAUCUCUGCCGUGUGACCAGUAGGUAUGCCACUGGCUGUCUGUGCACACUCACACUCACCCAUACUUGGUUUGCUUAUCCCGAUGCUGUUAGUUUCUUGCUCCCACCCACUGCUGUUUUGGCAUAUGGCUGCCCACUUUUUCCAUGCAGCCGCCCCACCGAGAAUAUAUCCGUGCCGUUCGCCAGAGCGCAUUCGAUUACGUGCAACUUUAGCAGAGCUGCACUUGUGCGCAAACACUUAUCACAGUCGCCGUGUUUCCGUGUUCGUCUUUCAAGUACCGUCCAGUUCGGACUGUUCCUAUGGUGCGGUGUUUCAUCGUCUUUCUUUUUUUGGGUUUUUUUAGCGACUCAUGAUUAUCAUUUAGGAGUGCAUUCUAUGUUGCCCAGACUCUAUUGUGUAUCUUGUUUUUUAAUCUGAAUCAUCUUAACAACAACCACCUGAUCCAGAGUCCUGUGCAAGUUUAUUUCGUUAUCACUGGAGAGAGAAGAAGUCCUCCGUCUGAACCCGA